GGCCUGGAGCAGCUGGUGGGGCUUUGAGUUUGAGCGAGGCCGGUGUGUGGUAGGCGGAGGCCGGCCCGCCCCGGGACCGCAGCGCCCGGGGGUAGGUUGGCGCCUGUCUCCGUUAAGUGCCGGUGAGCCGCUCGCCCGCCCGCCUCACGGGCAGGGCCGCUGCCCCUCUCCCGGGGCCGUCACUCUAGGCCCUGGCCCGCUCUGCAGCCCCUGCCGACGCAGUAGGGUGCCAUCAUUGGCAGGAAGAGCACAAUGGAAGUUCUGCGUCCAACACUUAUAAGGAUUGGAGGGCGCAUUUAUAGGAAAAAUAUUAUUCGACAACAGUCCUAUCCAAAUGAAGAAGAGGAUGAUUUCUAUGCAGGCCCUGGGGAUCCUACAGAUGAGCCUUGUGAUGCCUUCAUGGUGGAAGAGACUGAGAGAGGUUUCCAGUGUGCAGUGGAGGUUCCCAGCCCACUAUACAAGUAUAUCAUUGGGAAAAAAGGAGAAACCAGGAAGAGACUGGAAACAGAGACUCGAACUUCCAUCAGCAUUCCCAAGCCUGGAAUGGAAGGACAAAUCGUGAUUACUGGACAGCAGCGUAGUGGUGUCAUUUCAGCCCGAACACGGAUUGAUGUUCUUGCUGAGAGUUUCCGCAAGAAGCAGCCAUUCACACACUUCCUGUCCAUUGCUCUCAACCAGCCUGCGAUUCAGGAAAAAUUUCUACAGUUCAAGGAGGAAGUAUUGGAGAAAUGCUCCAAGGAUCAUGGAGUCAAUAGCAGUCUGUUCCAGAACCCAGCAAAGCUCCAUCUUACUAUUGGGACACUAGUGCUCCUGAAUGAGCAGGAGAUCCAGAAGGCAUGUGAACUCCUGCAGAGAAGUAAAGAGGACUUUAUUGACAAAACUGUUGGAGGCAAAUCCCUGACCGUGGAGGUGGCAGGGAUAGAAUACAUGAAUGAUGACCCUGCCAUGAUCGAUGUUCUUUAUGCAAAAGUUCACAUGAAGGAUGGAUCAGACAAAUUACAGCUAAUAGCUGAUAGACUCAUGGAGCAGUUUGUGACCUCUGGGCUGAUGAUGAAGGAGUGGGAUAGGGUGAAACUCCAUGCUACCAUCAUGAACACUGUCUUCAGGAAAGACACAAAUCUUGAAGAGCAAGAUAAUGCAACUACAGGCAAAUCAUCUUUCAAGGAACGGGAGACAUUUGAUGGCCGAAAUAUACUGAAGAAGCCAAAGACUGGAGUAUUAAAGGAUACUGCAGGUCUGGAUUGUGGUUCAUUGUCACAGUCAUAUGGAGACUCAGGACAUGAAUGGCAGGGAAAUUUGAGAACUUCUACUUUGGAGAACUGCAGUUGAAUUCAGUCCAUCUUUCUCAGAGAUUCUCCACAGACAGCUCUGGUUACUACGCUACAUCUGGGCAGCUCACUUUCUCCUGAAAUAACAACUCAGGUGCUCCAACAGAUCUGCUGUGCACCCAGAAUUGUAAAAAGGUUACAUUAAUUUUGGAGCCUCAAACAUGAAGAGAGAUCUCUUCUAAGGAUUCUACAAAGACUGGGAUGCCAUGUUAUUUCUUCAAGGAACCAUGCACGAUCCGCGACGUUGCACCUUCUUGGUGGAACUCUCCUGCAGUCUUUCCUACAAAUAUCCCAUCUCCCUAUCCUCUCAAAAAGCUCUGGUCUCCUCCUACUUCCACCUCAUACUGCUUUUUCAUUUCCCUUAACACUUCUAGUUUACAGGUUUCUUCCACUUGGAAGCUAGCUGGCAUCUUUAGGAUAAAGGGUCAUUGUCAGCUAACCUUUUAUAUGCAGUUUUUCUCGUUUUUAUCAGAUGUUUGAUGCCAUCUUACAAGUUUACAAAAAUAACAUUUAUUUCUGUACAGUUUCUUUCCUUCUGGCAAAUAUUUGUCUCUCCCAGCCUUCCUCCUCAGCCUUCUUUGUAAUGGAGCAGAAGACAUGUCUUCAUUUUGUUUACUUUGCUAUUUCAAAGCCCAAUGAAGUCAGUGGAAAGACUCCCAUUGAAAUCGGUGGACUUUGGAUCAGGCCUUAUAUGAACAGGAAUGUUGCAUGUGCCUGUUUACAUUUGUCAUUAAACUGCUUGUUGUAGACCAGUAGUGUGCGCGCACCCAGCUUUCUGUGUGUCACACCAGAUCUUGAUAAUUUUGUUUUUAAAUGAGCAACUGUAAACUCUCAAAAUAAAUGUUUAAAAUCCAGAAGAGCUCCCCAGACUGUAAUAUAACAAUGUUAAGGCAAGUCAUUACUUGGGGCCCAAACAGUUUGACAGUGUUUCUGUAACAUUAGUGAUGUUAAAAUAACCAAAUAAAUUAAUUCCUUUCAAAAAA